CCUUCACAAAAAGUUCUGCUAUAAAGAAAAAUCUUUUACCAAAAUUAAACAAAAUUCCAGAAGAAAAAUAAUCUCUUUCCAUUUCCAUUCCCAACAGUUCCAUACGUUUUAAGAACUGAUGCUGGUCGGCAGUUGUCGUGAUUGCGGAGAUUUGGGGUUCAGAAGAAGAAAACUUGAUUACAGAGAUUUGAGAUUUGAAGAAUGAUAUGAAAAUAGUAGAGGGGAUUGGCUCUUCUUAAUUUUUUUCUAGGUUCAGUUUAUGGAUUCCGCCAAGAAGGGUUCUGAAAGUUCUUUUCUUCAAAAUUCGAGUUUCUGCUCAGAAGUUUUUCAGCCACCAGCAGACGCAAAGAUGAGCCUCGCACGAACCGCUGGUGACUCAGUGAUGAUGAAGAAAAUGUGGAGAGCAGGACCGAAAACGAUACAGUCGCUGGACCACGAUAUCCUCUGUUUAGUCUUCUCUUUCCUCAACCUCUUUGACCUUGCUCGAUGUUCUGUCGUCUGCAAGUCGUGGAAUGCAGUCAUCGUUAGAUAUAAGUUAUUGCAAUUGCUCUGUCACAAGCUGCAGCAGGAUUCAUCCACAUAUUCUACUCCGUCUACUUCACAACAGUCAUUGGAGAUAGACCUAGAGCUAUUUGCUAUGAAGCAGCAUAGAUCAUUGUUACAAGAAGGUCAAAUUGACAUUGACCAAUGGAAAGGUCAUUCAAUUAGGAUUGAUCAGUGCCGACUGAAGAUGGGCUUGGUUCUUACUGGUGUAGGUGACAAGGUAUGGUUCAUGAUCUUUAAUGCUAGUCAUGCUUAUGGACUCCCUGGUGCAGUUCCUUUGGUUGAUUUCGAUUUUGAUGAGAGCAAGAUUGUUGGUUUGGUUAGUAAUCGGAUAUGCAUAUGGAGGCGAAACGGGAAAAAAACUAUAUUUCCCUCGCAGGAAGGCACAUUUUCAAAAGGAUUAUGCAUGCGUUACUUUGAUCCAGAGGCCGUAGUUGGAUGUGAGGAUGGAACAGCUUGUGUAUUUGAUAUGUACAGUAGAAAAUGUUCUCGUAUCGUCAGGAUGCACGCUUGGCCCUUAACAUGCUUAGCUUUGAGUGAGGACCAAAUAAUCUUUAGUGGUUCCGCUCUUGGUCAUAUCACAGUAGCAGAUCCUUCAUCUGAUCAACUAGUAGUGAGACUAAAGUCAACAGAGUCCAGAGGUGGCAUCAAAACGUUGUGUUUCAACCCUUCUUCUCACUUUGUUUUUGCGGGGACGACUGCUGGAUACAUAUCUUGUUGGGACCUUAGGAAAAGGGGAGUACUAUGGGAAAGACGAGCGAGUCCAAAUGUUGUAUAUUCUUUGCAACAUCAGCGAAAUGAUACAUCACUGUUAGUUGCUGGCGGCAUAGAUGGAGUACUUCGUAUCUUGAAUCAGAGCACGGGAGAAGUUCUUUCAAGCUGUGUUAUGGAUGAUAAGAAUUUGCAAAGCUCCUCCAGGAAUGAGCAUGUGAUUCUUGAGAGAAAAAAGGGAAGAAGGGUCUUGGGAGAUUUCGAAAUCGACAGAAUUCCUAGAAGUGCUCGACCACCUAUCACUUGCUUGGCUGUCGGGAUGAAAAAAGUGGUGACCACACACGGUGGAAAGCACAUAAGCGUCUGGAAAUUUAACAACACAGAGACUGGCUGAAAUCAGGAUCUUCAACCGGAGUGAUGAGAAAAAGGCGUAAGAGCUCUUAUAUAUGUGCUUUUGUGAUGAUCUUGAUACCUACUUCCAUUUGUUCCAUACACUUCCCUAAUGAUCAUUAUAGGGUUUAAAUAUGCUGCUAUUUGUACUAACUCAGGUGUUGUUUAUAUCAUUUUAGGGUUCCAUAAACUUCUCUAUUUGUUUUUAACUCUUGAGUGUAUGUAUAUACACAGGAUGUGUGUAUAAAAAGUAAAUCACAAUAACUCAGAA